UAUUUCUAAUAGCAUUGUGUAAUUUCAGAAAUAAGAUGAAGACAAAGAAGAAAGCAGUGACUAACCCAUACAGAAAAUUUCUGUUAAGAUUAGAAGAUAAUACAUUACCUAUGACUAUUCAAAACAGAGAUGAACAACUAGUAAGAGAACAUAAUGAAAAGAGAGCCUUUGAAAUAGCCAAACGAUUUAGUGAAUGGACUGGUGACAUGAAAGGAGAAAGAAAACCGAAUGAAGACGAUAGUGAAAAAUACAAACCUAUUAUCGAUCCUUCAGUUAUUUUGCAUAAUUUUCAAGCAGACGAAAUUUUGGCUCAUCCCGAACAAAAUAUUGUUAUUAACAUAAAAGAAUUGUUUCCUGUUCCUGAUGAACUUCGUCAUUUGGCUUCAUCAGAACAAUUGAAACAGUUAAAUGUCAACGAUAUAUUUAAAGAAAAAGAAUCGAAAUCCAAAGCACAGAAGAAACGUAUGGCAUGGUAUUUAAAUCCUAACACAUGGUUUCAACCAGAAAAUACGGAAUAUUUAAGAGAAAGAAGGAAAGGAACAUCAGUAGAAGGCAGAAAAAUGGGAAAGUUACUGUUUAACUUCUUGCUAUUGACUGUAGCAAUAUACCCAACUUUGGCAGUACCUUCUACUCUAACACAAUUCAUACGUUCGAGAAACGAAACGGCCAAAUUAUUUUUUAAAUUAUUAUCAGAACCACAGAUCUUGGAUCGCGAAUGGAGGAAAUUUUACAAAUUUGAAGGAAUUCCCAUUCCAGAAGGAGAUAAACCGUUACUCGAAUUUAGUUGGAGUAAUUGUGCACUUUCUGCCCCUUGUCACGUUAAAUCUUUGUCUGUUUCUCCGGAUCCCAUCGAUGUUCCUGGUUCUGUAACCGUCAGCUUUGAUGUUGUUGUUGCAACGAACUUAACGUCGCCAAUACAAGUUGAUAUCAAAAUGAAGAAGAAAGUGUACUUCGUUUGGGUUGAAGUACCUUGCAUGGACAAUAUAGGUAGCUGUUCCUAUUCGGAUUUUUGCGAUCUUGUUCCUACCACAUGCCCUUCAUUUGUAAAGAAAGCUGGAUUACCUUGUAAAUGCCCAGUUAUUGAGGGAGAAUACAAGCUCGAUCCUACUACUGUCGAAAUACCUAACAUUCCUUUACCUUCUUUUCUCGAAGAUGGCGACUAUAAAGCUACAGUCAAUGGAUUUCAUAAUGGAAAACAAUUGUUUUGCUACAAUGUAGCGUUUUCAUUACAUAAAAAUUAAUAUUUUUUUCUCUAAUAUACUGUACUUGUUUGGGUUUUGGUUUAUUUUUGUUAUUCGUCCGUUUUUGUAUCAUAAUUAUGUAAUAAAUAUAUAUAUAUAUA